AGGGGCGGUGGGGACACAGCUGGGUCAGAAGACUUUGGCUUCUGGUCGUCAUGGACUCACUAGGACGCUGAGGAGGGUCGGUCGUCGCAUCUGCUGCAACCGAAGGAAGGCAGUCCGGGUGAGGAGCCAAGCAUGGGAAUUGUGAACUGAGAAGAGUCUGAAAGAAGUGUGCAGCCGGAACAGGACCUCCAAUUCUCUGGAAGAUGUGUGACCAACCAAAAUGCAACCCUUGCUGCCCACAAAAAUGCAACCCCUGCUGCCCAUCCAAACCACCUUGUUGCAUUCAGGCCAAGUGCUGUUGUUUGGAGGCCAAGCCUGAGUGCACCUGCCUGAGCAAAGAGCCCGAUCCCUCGUCAGCUUCAACUCAAGAGAAGGGCUCCCAAACCCAACAGCCACCCCAGAGUCCACAGCCUGGAAACAAGACAUCCCCACAGGGACAGAGGAAGCCAAACAAGUAGAUUUCUCCUGACAACAUGUCCACUGUGUUGCAGGGUUUGGGAUAACCAUGGGCCAGGCUAGACCUAGGUUUACAGCAGCUGUUUUUCCACCUAAUUAGAAGCCUUCAUAUCUCUUCACGGCCCCCUAUGAGAGAGAGGCCCCCAGCUGGAAAUGGAAAGUUGAAGCGUUUGGAACCACCUGUCCUAGUGAUCCUGACAUUUAGACAGGACAGAAAUAAAGGGCAAUAGAAAA